CGUGGUCGGCGUGCGCCCCGCCCCUGGCAGCGGGCCGGGCCGUCCAUUCCGCAUCCGUCCAUCUGUCCGUGUGUCCGUGUCCGUCCGUCCAACCCGAGCGCGCGGCCGCGGCGGGAUCAUGGGCUGGGGAGCCGGAGGGAGCUGCACCCCGCGCCCACCCAUCCGCCAACAGACGGCGCAGGAGACGCGCGUGAUCACUGUGGUCUUCCUCGGCCUCCUGCUGGACCUCCUGGCCUUCACUCUGCUCCUGCCCCUGCUACCAGGGCUGCUGGAGAGCCACGGCCGUGCCCACGACCCCCUCUAUGGCUCGUGGCAGCGAGGUGUGGACUGGUUUGCCGCAGCGAUCAGGAUGCCGGCCGAGAAGAGGUACAACAGUGUCCUGUUCGGAGGUCUGAUUGGCUCGGUCUUCUCCUUCCUGCAGUUCCUCUUGGCACCGCUCACGGGGGCGGUCUCGGACUGUCUGGGGAGGCGCCCGGUGAUGCUGCUGUCCCUGGCAGGUCUGGCCACCUCGUACGCUGUGUGGGCUGCUUCGAGGAGCUUCGCAGCCUUCCUGGUCUCCAGGGUGAUUGGGGGCAUCAGCAAGGGGAAUGUCAGCCUCUCCACCGCCAUCAUAGCUGACCUGGGCUCACCUUCCGCCCGCGGCCGAGGCAUGUCAUCGGGGUGGCCUUCUCCCUGGGCUUCACCCUGGGCCCCAUGCUGGGUGCCUCCCUGCCCGUGGAGACGGUACCCUGGCUCGCCCUGCUCUUCGCUGCCUCCGACCUGCUGUUUAUUUUCUGCUUCCUGCCGGAGACCCUGCCCCCAGAGAAGCGGCUGCCUGGCAGGCCCCUCCAGUCCUGCCCCUGCCCCAGGCACCCUCCAUCGCCCCCGGGUUUCGAGCCACUGCGGAUCUGCUCAGCCCCCUGGCCUUGCUCCGUUUCUCGGCCGUGGCCCGCAGCCAGGAUCCACCUGCUGGAGACGGGCUUGGGAGCCUUCGCCGCCUGGGCCUGGUGUAUUUCCUCUACCUCUUCCUCUUCUCGGGCCUGGAGUACACCCUGAGCUUCCUUGCCCACCAGCGCUUCCAGUUCAGCAGCCUGCAGCAAGGAAAGAUGUUUUUCUUCAUCGGCCUCACCAUGGCCACCGUGCAAGGUGCCUACGCGCGGAGAAUCAGCCCUGGCAGGGAGACUGCAGCUGUGAAGCGGGCCAUCUUGCUGCUCGCCCCCGCCUUCCUCCUCAUCGGCUGGGGGCUCACGCUGCCUGUGCUGGGCUUGGGGUUGCUGCUGUACUCCUUCGCUGCCGCGGUCGUGGUGCCCUGCCUGUCCUCUGUGGUUGCCAACUAUGGCUCGCCAGGGCAGAAGGGCACAAUCAUGGGCACCCUGCGGAGCCUGGGCGCCCUGGCCAGGGCGGUGGGACCCAUGGUGGCCGCCUCAGUGUACUGGCUGGCAGGGGCCAGGAUCUGCUUCACCGUGUGCUCCGGCCUCUUCCUGCUCCCCUUCCUGCUCCUGUGGAAUCUGAGGCCUCCAGCCCACGCGCUCAAGGCCGAGUAGCCGAGCCAGCCCCGCCCCGAACUGGGGGAGGGGGGGGGGAGAGAGGGGGGGCCCGGGCCUGCCGCCCCCCCCCCCCCCCCCCCCCCGUCCCGGGCCCAGCCCAGGACGGCUCACGGCCUGCAGCCCCAGAGGGCCCGAGACACUCCCGGCCCCUCCCUAGGUGUGGACGGCCCUGUGAGGCUGGGGGCAGUGACUCCAAACCCUUCCAGGCUUUCUGUUGGCUUCUGUGACACACGGUGUCAGCCAGGCCUCUGAAUGACAAAAUAAAGCAGCUAUUUUAUAUCCA